AUGCUAAGUCAAGCAAUAUCUCAACGUAGUCUUUCUAUUUCUGAAGAAUUGACUGCUGAAACUGUACAACUUAAAACUGUUAAAGAAUUGCUUGAUUUUGUGCAGAUUGGACAUUUGUGGAUUCUUGGAAAAAUAGUGAAUUUGAAACUUAAAAACAAUUGGUCAUACCUAGUUUGCAUCAAAUGUCAUAAAAGUGUCGAAGAAAUUGCCAAAAAUACAUUUCACUGCAAGAAAUGUGGUCGUGAUUAUCAAAUAGCUACUCACAGGUAUAGGGUUCAGACUAAGGUGAUGGAUGAUACGGGGAUCGUCUCUUUAUUCCUUUGGGACAACGAAGCAAUCACACUCAUUGAAAAAUUUGCUUCUGAAUUAAAAGAUUGUCCAUUAGAGAUUUUUGAUUCUCCGUACGAGUGUUCCUAUCCGAUCGAAUUGGAUGUUCUUCUUGAUAGAAUCAUCAUGUUUAGAGUGAAUGUUAAACAAGAAAAUAUUGAAUCACGUGAUCGAGUCUAUGAAGUUGCGAAGAUCAGUGAUGACGAAGAACUGAUAAAUCAAUACAAGAAGUCAACGAAAGAAGAUGUUUUCACUGAAGUUUAUUUCAAUGUUGAAGAAGGCUCAGAUGCUAAGAAGAAUUUCGUGUAUGAUAACGAGAAGAUCUCUCCUAAAAAAAUGUAUAUUUCAAAAAGAGGCAGACCAAAAAGUGAAGGACCUAUAUCAGAAGUUACUGAUGAUGUUGACCAACUAUCCAGUAACAAGGCCAAGAAGGUUAUUAAGAAGGAGAAGAAUCCCUAA